UUUUGCUCAAAACCUCUUUUAAAUUGUUCUAGUUAUGGUAGCUUGUUUUAUAGGGUAGAGGGAAAUAUAAUACCCCCAAGAUAAAAAAUGUCGUUUAAUUUUGCACCUUGAAGUUUGGUAAGAGAAAGUUACUUGGGUUUGAAAAAGAACGACACGUGGGGUUUUGUGACAGAGCAUUGUUGGAAAGGAGACAGACAAGGAUGUGUUUUUAGGCAACUGCGUGGUUAGAAAAGUUUUUGUAUACCUUUUAGGUUGAAACUUUAAAGGAUAAAUAUGCACAGUCUUCAAAAGAUCCUGAUUUUAGUAUUUUUAACUUACACGGUUACGACUGCUGACGAAAAAUCAAAAAAAGACAAGAAGAACAGCCUACCGAUCCAAGUAAUUCUCAAUCCAAAUGGCAAGAGAAAAACAUCUGAACCAGCAGGUAGCAUAAUCAAAAGGGAAAACAAAGCCAUCGAACUCGAGAUUCAUUCUGGUGAAGGCGGCGACGGCAAAGUUGACUUGAUUAUUGCUGCAACAAAAGGCAUACAAGCUACUGAAGAAUCACUUGACCGAUAUUCUCCGACAUACAACGCAGAAUAUGACCUUAAGAAUGACGGGUCUCCAAAGAAUUUAAAAUCCAAUUUCCUGACUAAUAAGAAUCCAGGAAUAUCUCGACAAGACAGAAAUCCUUUUUUCUCAUUGCCAAGCAUAGCUGAUACUACUCCCUACUUUGCUAUGCGAGAAAUUCUUCAGCAUUCUCAACCUUUGAUAUUAGGCCGUAGCCAGUUCUUCCCUUUGGAAAAUUUAAAACAUUUUGAGCAGAAUCUGCAACGAGAAAUACUACCACACAGUUUAGAACAUGGUAGUGUAUUUCGAAGCAACAAUAUUGAUUCACCUUUUGGUGCAAUACUCCCUCAACCGUUUUUCUUAAGAGAAAUUACUCCUGAUUUAGAACGUCAGCUUAGAAUUUCUAACAACCCUAAUGUGUUAGGCGUAGCUCAAUAUGCGUUAAUACCACAACGCCCUCAGAAUAAUGAAAAUAUUGGAAAUUUACCUCAACAGAUACCUAUUAUUCAAACACCACCUCAAAAUAGGUAUCCUUUAAUUAAUCAGACUCCACAGAGAGAUCCUGUAGGAAACAGUCAACUUCGUAAUUAUGACAGAACAGAACCACAUCAUUCGCCGUACAUUUCUAGCCCACAACAAAAUGUAGUGAAAAAUGAUGGCCUUACCAGAGUUCAGGAGCACAGUCCACCAACACAUCAACAACUUCCUGUUCCUCAUCGACCACUAGGACAGGAAAUUUCAGGCAAGAACUAUAACACGGUUUCAAAUUUGCAUAACUCUGUGUUGCCUCACAGAGAGUCAGAACCUUCCCCUUUUCGUCAUCUUGACCAAAAUAAUGUAUAUCAAAUCCAGCCUCCAUCGGCAAACAUCGGAAUAAGAAGCCAUCUUCUGUACCACAAUCCUCAACUCAACCAACAACAACAAAUGAGGAAUGAGCAGCAAAUUCAACAGUUAUAUCCUGUUUCUCAAAAUGCUAUCAAUCAACAACAACCAUCUAAUCCUCAAGGACCUGUUGACUACCAUCCUUUACUGCGAACAAGAAUAAUUUCUCAACCAGAAGGAGCCCUAAGAUAUGGAGACAACCAGCCACUUCUAAAGGACUUACAGACGCAAUUGCUUCCACCUCCCAGUUUGUACCAUGAACAAAGGUAUGCGGUUAUACCGAGUCAGCAUUCUAUUGCACCUCAAACACCUGUGUUAAAUAACCAAAUUCAUCAACUUUCAACUUCACCCCAAAGACCUAAUCUAAAUAAUCAAAUUCAUGAUCCGAUUAGUGUAUCUCAAAGGACUGCUCUAAGCAAUCAGGCUUCGAAUUUACCCCAAAGAUCUAAUUUAAACAACCUUCAUCAACCUUCUACUAUAUCUCAAAGACCUAAUUUAAAUACCCAAUUUCAUCAAUCUUCCAUUUUAUCUCAAAGACCUAAUUUAAAUACCCAGUUUCAUCAGCGUCCUGUGUCCCAAAGGCCCGAUUUAAACUACCAAGCACGUCCUGCUGUUGGAUACGCUUCUCAGAAUCUACAUAGCUUUCCUAGAGAAACAAAUAGGGUACUGCAAGAAGAUCCAAAACCUAUAUAUCGUCCUCAAACAGAAUACCAGAAGUCAUCCAAUUCACAGCAUCCUCAACCUUUGCACAACAGUCUCUCUACAGACGUAAGGAAUUAUCCGUAUCAUCGAACUAGUCAUGAACCUGCUUAUGCAACACAUUCACGAACUUCUUUAGAGGAAGAGGAGAGCAUGGAUUCGAAAUCGGCAGAACAUAUGGUGUCACCAAAAAGCAGACGAAAGUUUAAGCCUGCGGAAUUUUAUGAUUCUGAUGAUUCCCUUCCUCAAAAGAAACUGACGAAAAGUCGUAAACGAGGAAGCAUUAAAGAGAAAACAGAAGAUCUACAAGGUCAUUCAUCUCAUCAAUAUAUUAUCAAAAUCGGAUGACUAUCGAACUUCAUGAAAUACUUAUAUUUAUUUUUUGAUACCGAGUGCUACGGGUGGUGGAUGUUUUAAAUUUGUAAAGAUAUAUAUCAUUAUAAUUAACACAUUGAAGCAAAAAUAUACAUUAAUUUGAAAGCGAGAAAAUGUUUUAAUGUAUUAUUUAUCAAAUUUAAUUAAAACAUAAAUAUAAAAAUUGCAAGAGACUUAUACGAUGCAUUAAAUAUUUUUUAUGGAAGUAUGCUUAUUUCGAACCAGCUACGUAAUACUACUUUAAGAUAAUUUUAUUUAUGUCAGGCAUAUAUAUAUAUAUACAGGGUGGUUCU